AAAGACCAGCGUAGGCCUACUCCUCGAAAAUGAGAAAGGGAUUGUCUCUCGAUGUACUACCCAAUCAGAAGGACCACCGGAAAUAGGACGAUAGUGAACACAAUGAGAUUGUUAACCAUAUGCAGUCAUCUAUUCCAGUUCUUACUGUAUUUGGUUUUACUUCCGUUGCUGAGUGUACCUAAUGUAUAUAGCCAGUCAGUUGUAACAGUUGAUGUAGUGGCCAAAGAAGGUGAUGGUGAAGUGGUGAUACCGUGCGACUAUUCACAAGUUACUUAUGCACCUUUGGCUAUCAUAUGGAAGGAAGUAAAUUACACUGGAGAAGCUAGUAUUGUAAAUAAUAAAGACACUGUAAGUGGACGUUACAGCUUAAGAACAACUCCUGGGAAUGCUGACCUGGUUAUCACAAAGCCAGUUAGGAGUGAUACUCAGAAAAGGUUUCAAUGUCAGAUACUGACAACAAGCGGGGGCUCCAUAAAUUCAGAUCUUUCCAUCCUCUCCGUAUAUUACCUUGAUGCGCCUGUACUGUCUGCCUCAGUAAGCAGUGUCUAUGAAUGUAAACCAGUGACCUUGACCUGUAGUAAACCUGAUGGUGACCCGCACCCUAGUAUCACAUGGUAUAAAGAUGGACAAGCACUCAGCAUCACAGACAGCUCUAGAUUUACUACAAGUGAAGAUGCUCUUGAAAUACACAUUAAAGCUGCAACUGCAGCUGAUGGUGGCAGGUAUACAUGUAAAGCUGAAAGUGAUCAAUUCAGAGGAAAAGAUGGCAAAACCAGUAAUCAAAUUGACUUGAAAGUAAUAUAUAUUGCAAUUACAUUUGAAUUACAAGCUGGCACUGCAACAUGCACUGCAAAGGGUCAUCCCAACCCGUCUUCUUUAAUGAUACAAAAAGAUGGGGAAAAGAAUGAAAAGGGGGAACUUACGGCAUCUGUGAAAAUUAAUGAAGAUUUUUGUAAAACAAACUUCACGUGUUAUGCUGAGAACGGUGAGGUUAAUACAACAGAACCAUUGAAGACAUGUAACAUAGGUAAUUUUUGUUCGGCUACAAAAGGCUUUGAGAUUUGUGUUUAGUAUUUUGUAGAUAUACUUAAAGCAAUAUGAACUACGUCGUUAUUUCCUACACUACCAAUAGAUAUUUAGACUUCGGUGGCAGACGAACUUGACAAUGUUUCCUGCCGAUGUACUCUACAACAAAAUUCAUAUUAGAGAAUUUAUGCUGAUUAUGCUAUCAAUUGUAUUUCAAAUGAUAUCUUGUUUCAUGUUAGGCCUACCUGAAUUAACUAUAACAAUUUAAAAAAUAUUGAAUGAGUAAAAGUUUUAAAUUAUUUGUGUAUCAAAUUUAAACCUAUAGGUGUUAUUUAACAUUAUUUUGAAAUUUUUUUCUAGUUUUAUUCAUUUCAAGAGUUUUCGACUUUCCAGAUUAGUAGAUAUGCUAACCUAUUUAUUAAAACAUAGACAUUCAGGUUUAACAUACUAGUACUGUCGUUGCUAUUAUAAUUACAGGGGCGGAUCCAGUUUUGACAUUAAAUUGGUAAAAUUUCAAUAUAUAUCAGUGUUAUGUGUUACUC